UUGCAGAUCCUUUCUUUCUUCUAUCAUUGCCAUUUUGCUUUUUUUGAGUUUUCGCAUUUCAGAUUUGCUGGUGAGGAAAAUGGUGCACAGAAAGCGUGGGAUAAAGCAGUCGCAGAAGGCGCAGAUGGAAAAGUAAUUUUCCAGGAGAAAGAGUUGACAGGAAAGGUUCUUGAAGGAGAGGAUGAAGAAAAAUACUGGAGCGCGUUCAAUGCUAGCAAGCAGAACAAGAUGGAUAGAGCAAGCGGGCGACGAGGAGGUCGAGGAGGACGUGGACGAGGCGGGCAUGGUGGACCUCGUGGACAGAAGCGCCAAGCUGAAGAAGGUGAUGCUCCAAAAAGCAAGAAAAUCAUCUUCGAUGAUGACGGUAAACCCAGUGGUGAUGCACCUUCCGAAGCGAAAACUGCUGAAGCCUAA